AUGGAAAACAUCAUUAAUGGAUCUGAAUUUGUCAUUUUGGAGAAAGGUGUCACUAUAAUGGAUAUCAUUGAUCAGAAGAUUAAAGAGCAAAUGCUCACGGAGAACACAGAUGCUUUCUCUGUUGCUGAUCUGGGUGAUCUUGUACAUCAGCAUCUGCGAUGGCAGAAGGCUCUGCCCCGAGUGAAACCUUUCUACGCUGUGAAAUGUAACAACAGCAAACCAGUGGCUCAGAUUCUUGCUCAAAUGGGACUCGGCUUUGACUGUGCCAGUAAGAAUGAAAUUGCGACAAUAUUAGAUAUUGGUGUACGGGCAGAGAGAAUCAUUUAUGCAAAUCCCUGCAAGGAGGUCUCUCAUAUUAAAUAUGCUAUGAGCCGUGGAGUGCAGAUGAUGACAUUUGAUAACAAAGACGAACUGCUCAAAGUUGCAAUGAUCCAUCCAACUGCCAAAAUGGUUCUACGCAUUGCUGUAAAUGAUUUUACAUCCCUAUUGCCCUUGAGUGAAAAGUUUGGAGCACCAAUAACUGAGUGCAGACAGCUAAUGGAAUAUGCAAAGACUUUGAAUUUGGACAUCAUUGGUGUUAGUUUUCAUGUCGGAAGUGGCUGUAUUGAUCCAAAGAUUUUUGCUCAGGCUGUAGCUGAUGCACGCGUUGUCUUUGAUAUUGGGAUUCAUCUUGGAUUUCAGAUGUAUUUACUUGAUAUUGGAGGUGGUUUUCCAGGAACUACAGAAGACAAAGUUACAUUUGAAGAGAUAGCAGCAGAGAUCAAUCCUGCAUUGGAUAUUUAUUUUCCUGACAAAACUGAAGUGCAGAUAAUCGCUGAACCAGGCCGGUAUUAUGUGACCUCAUCUUUCACACUGGUUGUGAAUAUCAUCGCUAGAAAAAUUGUUGAAAAGUCUCAACCCAACUUCAAUGAUGAGGAGGCCGGGAAUGAGAAGACCAUGAUGUAUUAUUUAAAUGAUGGUCUGUAUGGUUCUUUCUGUACCUUUGAAAAGUAUCGUGCCCUAUUGAAGCCAAUCGUCUAUAAAAAACACUCCCUGGACCAAAAGCUGUAUAACACCAGCAUUUGGGGACCCACCUGUGAUGCAUGGGAUCAUAUUUCCAGUGCCUGGAUGCUGCCUGAACUGGAGAUUGGAGACUGGUUGCUCUUUAAAGACAAUGGAGCAUACACCAUCAGCAUCUCAACCAUGUUCAAUGGUUUUCAUGCAGCCCCAACGCACUAUGCAAUAUCAGAGGAGGCCUGGGAAACCCUUCAGAAUAUAAAGAAAGAAAUAUAAUCUCCAGUGGAAGAACAGGAUGAUGUAGACACUCAACAUCUGGUCAUCAGACAAUAAGAUUUAGGAUUGAAGCAGCCACUUAGUCCAUCAUUGCUGCUUUAUCACUUAUUGC